AUGUCUUUGUCCCUACCUUCAGUUGGUUCAUUUGCAAGUCGUGAGGAUCUUAUUAAUCAUGUUAAAACGCAUGCCUUCAAUCAUGGAUACGCAGUGAGCACUAAAAGAUCUGAAAAAGACAAGUUUGUCUAUUUGAAGUGUGACAGAGGCAGUCACUAUAAUAAUAGGCUAAAUCUUAUUGAUGAAACCCGUCAAAGAAAUACAAGUACAAGACUAAUAGAUUGUCCUUUUGAGCUCUAUGGAAAAAAAAUGGAGGAUGGUCAAUGGCAUUUAACAAUUAAAAAUGCAAAUCAUAACCAUGAAGCAUCGGAAGAUAUCUCAGGCCAUCCAUCCAGUCAUCACUUAAAUAAAGAUGACCAAAAAAGAGUUCAAGAAAUGUUUAUAGCAGGUAUCUAUCCUUAUGAAAUACUUUCUACUUUUUGUCAAAGUAAUCCCGAUAGUUUAGUAAUCUCUAAAACUAUCUACAAUGCCAGAGAUAAGGUUAGGCGUGAUAAUCUUCAAGGUCGUACUCCAAUUCAGGCCCUUCUUGACAAGCUUAUAGAAGGAAAUUUUGAAUAUGAUUAUCAAUAUGAUCAAAGUGGCAAUUUAACACAUCUUUUCUUUGCACAUCCUAAGUCAAUUGUACUUACUAAAACUUAUAACUCUGUUUUAUUGAUAAACUGUACAUAUAAAACCAACAAAUUUAAAAUGCCAUUGCUUUAUGUUGUUGGCAUGACAAACUUUAAUAUCACAUUUUCCUCCUGUUUUGCAUUUUUAAAAUCAGAACAGAAAGAAGAUUAUAAUUGGGCACUCACUCGUGUUGCCUAUAUUUUUGAUGAUAUCUCAAAGUUUCAAGUCAUUGUAACCGACCGUGAACUAGCUUUGAUGCAUGCUAUACGAACUAUAUUUCCCGAAUCACAUAAUCUUUUGUGCAUUUGGCAUAUUGAAAAAAAUAUGUUAAUUAACUGCCGGCGACAUUUCUCAACAAAGGGCGAAUGGUCCAUAUUUUUGGAAAGUAAUUUGACAACAUUGAAAGUUGAAGGGGCCCAUGCUGCACUUAAGAGAUAUCUUCAAGUAUCAGUGGGUAAUCUUCAUGCCAUCCAUGAAAAAAUCUCUUUGGCGUUAGAGAAUCGAUACCAGGAAAUCAAAACCAUGAUCUCCCAAGAGAUGAUUCAAAUCCCUCAGGCCCAAAACAAAUCAUUUUAUGCACAGGUCGUCACUAAGGUGUCGACAUUUGCAUUAAAAAAGGUUCACGAACAAUUCUUAAAGGCAUCUAGUGUAACACCAGAAAAUCCGUUACAACCUUGCAGUGAUGCUUUUAAGUCAUCGAUGGGAUGUUCAGUUGAAGUGAAAAACCAUCCUCAAUUGUUAACUAAAAGAGAUCUAUCUACCUUUGAAUUGGUUAUGGAAAAGCAAAGGAAAUGUGGUUUAUGUCAUGGAACUGGGCAUAAUAGUAGGAUGUGCCCUAAUGCAGAAAGUGAAAGCAGUAAAAGUAGUCAAAGGAAAUGUGGUUUAUGUCAUGAAAUCGGGCAUAAUAGUAGGACAUGCCCUAAUGCAGAAAGUGAGAGUAGUGACAGUAGUUAG